CUGUUCUUGUAUAUAUGUUCACGCUCAAACCUCAUCUCUCUUCGGGUAUGAGACGAACAAGAAGAAGACGAGAGGGAAUGGAGCGUUUGAUGAUGCCAAGUGGUUUUGUAGAGAUAUGGUAGUAAAAAUGGUAGUAGCAUUUCUGAAUUUCAUUUAUGAAAGCGAUGAUUUUUUAUUAAUGAAAUUGUGAUGCGUUUGGUACAGAGCACUCCCGUUUGAUCAUUUGCUUCUCUCAUUCAUGAUCGGUUUUAAAGUUGCUUUCCUAAUAUUUUUCCUAUAUAUCUUCAGGGUCUAAGAGGACAAGCAUGAGUUUCGGUGGGCUUUUUUGUUUGAGAACGAAUAAAAAGGAAGAAAGAGAGGAAGAAAGAGAGAAAUCAUUUUUGAGAAAUGGAGGCAUUUUAUUAAAGGAUCUGAUUGCUUCAAGUAAUGGAAAAUGUAAUCCCAUUCGCAAUUUCUCUGCUGAGGAGCUCAUCACAGCAACAAACAACUUCGAUUCAAGUCACAUUAUGCAAACUUGUACAUUAUUUCCAGAAAAGUGGCUUGGUGGGUCAGAAUAUGAAUUUCUUGAAGUGACUUAUCUUAUGUAUAAGGGUUAUCUAGAUGGUCGCCCAAUCAUUGUUAAGAAGUUCACGAGCGAGAACUUGGAGGAGUAUAAACCUCUGUCCCAAGCUAUACGUGACAUUGUGAUAGGAACCCAGAUGAGCAACCACAACAACGUUUUAAAGCUCUUAGGCUGCUGUUUAGAGUUUCCUAUACCUGUUCUUGUGCAUGAAUACGCCACAAAUGGAGCUCUCAAUGAUAAAGGAGGUUUUGGAGCUGAUAAAGAAUUUCUACCUUGGAAGAUUAGGUUGCGUAUUGCUAAGCAGCUUGCAAAUGCACUUACAUAUCUCCACACUGCUCUUCUCAGGCCAGUCAUCCAUAGGGAUUUAAGACCCUCCGCCAUUUUCUUGGACCAUAACUUUGUUCCUAAACUCUGCAACUUCUCAAUCUCCAUAACAAUACCUCCUGGCGAAUCUCAUGCAAGAGAUGAUACGAUCAUUCAGCCUACGUACUGUGACCCUGAAUAUUUUGAGUCCGGCUCUAUGAAUGAGAAAAGUGACGUCUAUAGCUUUGGCAUAGUCUUACUUAUUUUUUUAACAGGGAAAAAAGCUACAGGUUUUGUUUGGACAACAGAAUUUCAUGCUUCAAAUGAGCAUGUGACCACUGAAAUUGUGGAUCCCAAUAUUUUGAGGGAGGAAGGAGGAGAUGGGCAAGCUCAACAAGUGGAAGCUUUUUUAGCGCUUGCAUUGGCAUGCAUCCGAAGGAAAGGUGAAGAAAGGCCUGAUAUGAUUGAUGUGGCAAAAGAGCUCAUGCGGAUUGAAAAGUCCAUAUGACCUUUUCCUUGAUGUAGAAUAUGGCGGAUUAUCUACAGAGUCAUUUAGUGUCUUUAUUUUUAUUGUCUUUUAUUUUUCAAGUUAGAAACUGAACUAAUAUAUAUAUAUAUAUAAGUGAUGACCAUAUAUA